CAGCCCCAGAAUUUGAUCAUUUCCUGAAAAAUUACUUCUGGUUUUGUCAUGCUGGACCAUUGAAAAACAACAACAACACAAACCAAAACCUUCAAGUUUCCUGCUACCAGUACACAGAUUGGGCUGUUUCCUCACUAGCGCACAUCUCCUCACACUUGUGUAAUUUUACUCUGUCAACUGAAGUGAAAGAGAUGGAGAUGAUCGACAAUGCUAUUUAUUCCGCAUUAGAAUUGUCCACUGCACCCGAAGCCCAGAAUGAUGACAGACCACAGCAAAAAGCUUCUUGUUCCAGGUGGUUGCACUCCUGCCACGUGGCAAUAGUUUUGGGUCUUGUGAGUGCCAUUCUUCUGAGUUUGCUGCUGUUCAAAUGGAUUCUGUGCCAGGGUUCCACGUACUCCACUUGUGCCAGCUGUCCCAACUGCCCAUACUUCUGGAUGGAGUAUGGUGGCCAUUGUUAUUACUUCUCCCUAGAGAAAAAGGACUGGAAUUCUAGUCUGGAAUUCUGCUUAGGCAAAGGCUCACAUCUCCUUAUGUUUACAGACAACCAGGAAAUGAACCUACUUAAAAGUUCCCUCAAUGAAAACUUCUACUGGAUUGGUCUGAGGAACAAUUCUGGCUGGAGGUGGGAAGAUGGAUCAGCCUUAAACAUCUCUAGGAUUAUUUCAAACAGCUUGGUACAGAAGUGUGGUGCCAUCAACAAGCAUGGUCUGAGUGCCUCUAGCUGCGAAGUUCUUUUACAGUGGGUCUGUAAGAAGGUCCGACUUUAAUGGCUGGUCAGAUCUGCCAUAUGGCUCCCUAGAGAAGAAACUGGCCUCUGCGUGCUGGGAUAUCCACGAGUGUAUGCUGACUGCGUGCUGACCUUGUAGGACAUGGCAUUCAAUGUGAGAUUAACGCGGCUCCCCCGUGAUUGAUGGUUUAUUGCUGGGCUCUCUUUAAGAGUGUUUAGAUAUUAUCAUAACAAAUUAAAGACCAGAUCUAGGCAAAUUUGUGAAAUAGGUAACUUUUGUUUUAGGAUUUCUCACCCUAGUGACUUUAUUCCAGUCCACACCAUCUCUAUCAUUUACCUUUUCUAUCUUAUGUCCUGAGCUGAUCUGAUGAGAUCUAUGCAAAUACAUCCUAUUGCUAAUGUGCUAGAGGGUUUUUAUGUGUGCUAAUGGUUGACAUGUCACUUCUCCCUGAUAAUGUAUUUUUUUUCCUAACCGGUGGCCCUUUGCAGAUAAAGCUUUAUUCUAAAGAAUAAUGCUAAUGGUGAGAAAAUAAGUUGUGGAGAGUGAAUGAGAGCAGAGGGGGCUUUCUGGUUCUCAGCUCUUCAUACUUAAAGACCUGGCCUUGACUGAAUUUAGUUUUUCUGAGUAUGCAUAGAUGUGGUUGAAUAAACCAAUGUGGGACUGUAUCUUCUGCAAGUUGUGAAUGUGUAAUUUACCACAUUCUUGCUAAUUGACCACAGUGGUCAAUCUGAUAAGGCAUUUUUAUAGAGGAUAAUUUCUGGAAGUAGUUUAUGUGGUUGAUCCCUAAAUUAUUUUAGGCACUAAUGCCUCAGAAAUGAGAAAAAAAACUUCAUUAUUUCUUUUUGGUAGUGUUUGGACAUAGAUAAGGAGAGAAGGUGCUGUUCAUGGCUAUAGGAGGAAGUAAGGAUGGGAACCAUGUUCUAAACCUCUGAUGAUGCUGGAUUGUAAUCUGUUUACUUGUCUUCCUCUUUGAUAGUAUUUUUAGGAGUGGACUGUAUCUUAUCGUUAUUGUAUCCCAAACACUUAAAAUAGUGCUUAUAUCAGUGACUAUUAAAUAAAUGAAUGGAUGAAUAAAAAAUAAGAAUUUAAAAUUUUUA